AUGAUUGAAGAAAAACCAUUAAAAGUUCUGCAAGAAGACGCUAGCACUACUCGUCCAACAUCAACGGAUCCAAAAUGGGGACCAGCGCGUGGAGGAUUAUUCCAAGUUGGCGAUUUUGAAAUUGGAAGACCGCUGGGAAAAGGAAAAUUCGGAAGUGUCUACCUUGCGCGAACAAAAAAGAACAAUUCACAUUUUCACGUAGCUUUGAAAGUUUUAUUCAAAUCGCAACUCAUCAGCGGAGGUGUCGAGCAUCAACUCGAACGAGAAAUCGAGAUCCAAUCUCAUUUAAGCCAUCCAAAUAUUCUGCGAAUGUAUACUUACUUCUGGGAUUUGAAGAAGAUCUACUUGGUGCUUGAAUACGCGCCGGGUGGCGAAAUGUACAAAAAAUUGCAAAAAGAGAAUCGAUUUUCGGAAAUGACUGCGGCUAGAUACAUGUAUGAAAUCGCGGACGCUUUAAGCUAUUGCCACAAAAGGAAUGUGAUUCAUCGCGAUAUCAAACCAGAGAAUUUGUUGCUCGGAAUUAAUGAUGAGCUGAAACUCGCGGAUUUCGGCUGGAGUGUUCAUGCGCCAUCGAACAAGCGGCAAACGAUGUGCGGAACUUUGGACUACUUGCCGCCGGAGAUGGUUCUCGGCCACGAGCACACCGACGCUGUCGAUCUUUGGGCCAUCGGUGUGCUUUGCUUCGAGUUCCUCACUGGAAGGCCGCCAUUCGAGCACGACAAACAAAGCGACACCUAUGCGAUGAUCAAAAUCGCCAAAUUCUCGUUUCCCGACUAUGUCUCGCGCGGGGCUCGAGAUCUGAUCAACAAGCUUCUUGUGGUUGAUCCUUCGAAGCGAAUUCCGCUCGAGCAGGUCCGAAGUCACGAUUGGGUGCAAGCAAUGCAAGAGAAGCGGCGACUCGCUGAACGCCGCGCUCAGGAAACACGAGAAGCUCUACUAAAGAACCACUAA